AUGCAGUGCUACACCGAGCUGACGCCGCCUACCGCAGUCACCUACGCCGUCAACCUGCCCUUUCUCGGUCCAAAAGCCAGCAACUUGGUUGUCGCUAAGAGCUCGCUGCUCCAGAUAUUCGAGCUCAAGUCACGGACCGAGCAUACCGCCAAACUCGUGCUGGUCGGCGAGUACAUCCUCGCCGGGACAGUCACGGGGCUAGCGCGUGUCAAGCCGCUCAACACCAAGUCCGGAGGCGAGGCAUUGCUCGUGUCCUCUAAGCAUGCCAAGUUAAGCCUGGUCGAGUGGGACCCGGAGCUGUUUGGCAUAUCGACCAUCUCCAUACACUACUACGAAGGCGAAGACUUGCAAGGCAGUCCUUGGGCUCCGGAUGCCGGCCAGUGCUACAACUUUCUCACAGUCGAUCCUAGCAGCAGGUGCGCUGCGCUCAAAUUCGGUGCCCGCCAACUUGCUAUACUCCCGUUUAGGCAGCCGGGGGAUGACCUCGUAGGAGGAGACUAUGACCCGGAUCUAGAUGGCCCUUUGGAUCGGCCAGUGGCAAAAGGAAAGGCCAGUGAAGGGGAUGCUGAUGGCAAACAAACUCCGUAUAUGUCAUCCUUCGUACUCCCUUUGACAGCUCUGGACCCGUCUCUGACGCACCCAAUACACCUCGCUUUCCUGCACGAAUACCGUGAACCUACAUUUGGACUCAUAUCCGGCUCCCGGGCGCCUUCAAAAUCGUUGCUGAAUGAGCGCAAGGAUGUCCUCAACUACACCGUCUUUACCCUGGACCUCGAACAGCGGGCCUCCACCACCCUCUUGUCGGUAACGGGACUGCCUUAUGAUAGUUAUCAAGUCGUCUCUCUCCCUCUCCCCGUCGGAGGAGCUCUCCUCGUUGGUGGCAAUCAAUUCAUUCAUGUGGAUCAAGCCGGCAAGACCAGCGCCGUCGCUGUCAAUGAGUUCGCUAAGCAAUGUUCAUCGUUUGCCAUGAGCGAUCAAACAGACCUUGCCUUGAGGUUAGAGGGCUGCACAGUAGAGCAGUUUUCUUCCGACAGUGGCGACAUGCUGAUUGUCUUAAACAGCGGAGAGCUCGUCGUUCUCAGCUUCAAGCUGGAUGGGCGGUCCGUGUCGGGGAUCUCCCUUCAUAAGGUAGCCGAAGACCACGGAGGCAGUUCCAUCAGGACCGGUGCAUCUUGCAGCGCAGCCCUAGGUCGGAACAAGGUCUUUAUAGGGAGCGAAGACGGCGAAUCUGCAGUUCUCGGCUGGACGCGAAAAGCGGCGCAACUGACAAGGAAGCGUUCCCAUGCCGAGAUGCUGGCGGAUGAUGCUGACCUGUCCUUCGACGAAGAAGGCCUGGAUAUCGACGACGAUGAUUUGUAUGCCGGUGAUGCUGAAGCUAUCAAGAAAGCGAUAUCUUCGCCGACUGAUGCAAGCGCACCCAGCAAUUACAUCUUCAGAGUUCACGAUACCCUGCAGAACCUUGCACCAUUGCGUGACAUUGCCUUUGGGCAACCAUUACCGUCGCUCAAACGAGAGACAUCUAAGGGAGGCAAGGCUCCUCAAAAGCCGGAAAACCUCGAACUAGUCGCUGCGACCGGACGCGGCAGAGACGGUGGCGUCUCCGUCCUGCGGCAUGAAGUCACACCCGAUAUCACUCGCUCUUCUGCGUUUGCCGACACACAUGCAGUCUGGUCGGUUCAUGGAAAGAAGCCUGCUCCUAAGGGUAUGCCAGCCCAAGGCAAGGACGAUUUGGAAGCUUUGAUGUCCGCGGAUGCCGACUAUGACCACUUCAUUGUCGCUUCCAAGACAUCGACAGAUGGCGAAGAGGUAUCAGUCGUAUACUCAAUCACCGCAAGUGGUCUCGAAGAAACCACACAGGGCGAGUUUGAACGCGAGGGCACGACCAUCGAUGUCGGCACCUUGGCCAAUGGUACGAGGAUUAUACAAGUGCAGAAAGGGGAGAUUCGAAGUUAUGAUUCAGAACUGGGUUUGGCUCAGAUCAUUCCCAUGGAGGAUGAAGCAACUGGGGCCGAGCCGAAAAUUAUCAGUGUUAGCUUCGCUGAUCCCUAUAUCCUCAUCUUACGAGAUGAUUCAAGUGUCAUUGUCCUCCAGGCAGACGACAGCGGCGAUAUAGAGGAGAUUGAACGAGGUGACGCUAUACUGGCUACUAGAUGGCUUUCCGGGUCGAUUUACAAAUCUCUCGUAACUAACAACAAAGCACUGGUCUGUUUGCUCAGCGCAGAAGGUGGUCUACAUAUAUUCGAGUUGCCAGAAUUGGAGAAGCCCGCGUUUGUUGCAGAGGGCCUCUCUUUCCUCCCUCCUACGUUGACUCCGGAGUACGCUCCACGGCGAGGGGCUACAAGGGCUGCGCUCACGGAGAUCUUAUUAACGGAUCUAGGGGACCAGACAUCGAAGACACCGCACUUAAUAGUACGGACUUCGACAGAUGACCUGGUUAUCUAUAAGCCCUACAACUACCCUGUGCGAGAUCUAUUAGAGUCGUUCACGUCCGAUCUUCGAUGGCUCAAGCUCUCGCAGCCACAUCUGCCCAAGUACACAGAGGACCCCACGAUGGAGGCCGAGGAGCGCGGCAGGGGGAGCACACUCCGGCCGCUUGAUAACGUCGCCGGAUAUAGCACAGUCUUCCAGACUGGCACCUCUCCCUCCUUCAUCAUCAAGGAGUCUUCCAGCUCGCCCAAGGUUUUGAGUCUCAGAGGGAAGUCUGUGAAAGCACUCACCAGAUUCCACACUGCAGAAUGCGAGCGUGGCUUUACAUACGUGGAUGCAGACGACCUCCUCCGAGUGGCUCAGCUGCCAUCGGGAUUCCGUUUCGGUGACAUCGGGUGGGCAACACGAAAGAUCAACAUCUGUCAAGAAGUGCAGGCGCUCUGCUACCACCCGCCGAAGAGAAUGUAUGUCCUGGGCACCAGCGACAAAGUCGAGUUCAAGCUUCCCGAGGACGACUACCACCAUGAGUGGAGCCAGGAAGACAUCAACCUCAGACCUCUCAUCGAUCAAGGCAUGCUUAAGCUGCUAGACCCGUCUAUCUGGGGGGUCGUAGACACACAUGUCUUUGAGCCGGCUGAAGCAGUUACAUGCGUGAAGUCUAUGAACUUGGCGGUUUCCGAGAACAACGACAAGCGGAAACAGCUCAUCGCUGUGGGAACUGCCUACAUACACGGCGAGGAUCUACCUGCCAAGGGCAACCUUUACGUCUUCGAUGUGAUUGAUGUCGUGCCCGAGCCUGGACGUCCAGAGACUGGCAAGAAGCUGAAAAUUGUGGGCAAAGAAGAGCUGAAAGGAGCCGUUACUGCGCUUUCCGAGGUCGGUGCCCAGGGUUUUCUGCUCGUGGCACAGGGCCAGAAAUGUAUGGUCCGGGGUCUCAAAGAGGACGGACAAAUCCUGCCGCUUGCUUUCAUGGAUAUGCAAUGCUAUGUCACCGUGGCGAAGGAGCUUUACGGAACCGGAAUGAUGAUAUUCGGCGAUGCGAUGAAGGGUCUGUGGUUUGCUGGGUACACCGAGGAGCCAUAUAAAAUGUUGUUCUUCGGCAAGAGCCGCUCUCAGAUGGAAGUUCUGGCGGCAGAAUUCAUGCCAUAUGAACAGCAGCUCUACAUAACAGUCGCCGACGGACACUGCGAUAUCCACGUCCUACAAUUCGAUCCAGAGCAUCCCAAAUCCCUCUCCGGCCAACGCCUCCUCCACAAAUCAACCUUCCACACUGGCCACUUCCCCACAAGCAUGACGCUAGUUCCCUCAACCCUCUCCCCCCUCAACACCGUAAUCGACAACGCCGCCAACCCAAACGCCGCCGCUCUCAACGGCACCCAGCCCCGCGCGCCGCUCCGCCACGUCCUCCUAACCACCCAGUCCGGCGUCCUCGCCCUCAUCACCCCGCUCGACGAACAAACUUACCGCCGGCUCGGCGCCCUGCAGACCUAUCUGACCAACCUGCUCGACCACCCUUGCGGCCUGAAUCCGCGCGCGUACCGGGCGGUUGAGAGCGAAGGGUUUGGGGGUAGGGGUAUCGUCGAUGGGAAUCUGUUGAAAAGGUGGUGUGAGCUCGGCAGUCAGAAACGCGCGGAGGCGGCGGGGAAGCUGGGGACGGAGGAGUGGGUUGUGGGGAGUGAUCUGGAGGUUGUGGGAGGGGGAGGGUUGGGGUUCUUGUAG